AUGUUUGACUUACCGAAUGCGAAACGCGUACGUCGCGAUGAAGUUCAGUCGCCCUCCUCAUCCCGCUCUCCGUCCCCGGUCGACGAAUCCGCCAUCCAAGAUGCCCAAGCUAGACUCGGUCAACUUCUCAAUCUCGAUGCUUUAAUUGGAACCACCAUUACUCAAUCAGAAACCAAGGAUGCCCAGCAGCCUGCCGUCGCCGAGGAUGAAGAGCAGGAGUUCGAGUUCCGCUUGUUCAGUGCACCUGCCAAAGCCAAGGAUACAACCACCAAAACUGAGGUAGAAGAUAAAUCUACAGAGGAUAAAGUCGAAGAAAGUGGCAAAGAAACCGGCGGUACCCAAAAAUUGCGCAUUCGAUUGCGUUCCCCCUCGCCCGCAAACCCCUCCGAGGGCCGUUUCGUCAAGGCCUUCCGCGGCUGGCAAUAUUACUUCUCUACCCCGUCUUUGUAUGGUUUCAAAGACGUCGGAGAUCAAGAACAAGAAGUGGAAAGGAGGCGACAAUUCGAAGAGAUGGCGGUGAGCGGAGAGCAUAUCACCACAUGGGCCAAGUCCCAGCCUUGGCCUGGAUGUCAUCUUCCAUGGCGAGUGACCCGUCUCAAGCGGCACCAAACCAAGCUCCCUCCCAAAUCCACAGACAUCCCAAUUUACGUGGUGGAGGGCGCGCCUGUAAAGAAAUCACCAUUGACACGCAAGAAGCCCGGCAAGAAGCGUCGCGUUCAACUGCGUAAGAAAAUCGAAGCGGCCAAGAAAGCCCAAGAGAACGAAGCAGAGAAGCGCACGCGCAAGAACCGCGAGCGCAAGCUCAAGCGCCGACAGAAGGCGCGUGAAGAGAAGGCCGCGAAAGCUGCUGCCAACGGUGAAGAUGUUUCCAUGGUAAGCGCCGAUGGAGAUUCGUCUGGGUCAGACGAGUGA